AUGCUACUUGUUCAAGUAGCAAAGAAAAGGUUGCAAAAGUUAAGAGAGAAAGAAUGGGGUUCGCUUAUUGAUAAAGUAUCUAAAUUUUGUAUCAAGUAUCAAAUUUUGAUACCUAAGUUAGAUGAGCCGUACUUUACCUCUUUGAGAUCACGGCAUAAACUUGCUGGUUGUACUAUCUCACAUCAUUAUUACGUUGAAGUGUUUUGCAAAGUUAUUGAUUGGCAAAUUCAAGAGCUUUCUUAUCGUUUUGAUGAAGUAACGACUGACUUGCUUCAUAAAAUUGCUUGUUUAAAUCCAAUUGACUCAUUUUCUAGUUUUGAUCUCAGAAAAAUAAUGAGAAUGGAUGAACAUUAUCCUGAUGACUUUGAUGAAUUUAGUAUGGGGGUUGUUGAGAAUCAACUUGCGAGUUACAUUAUUGAUGUUCGUGAUCUUGAUGAAAGGUUCUUCGAUCUAAAAGGACUUUGUGAUCUUUCAAAAAGAUUAGUUCAGACAAAGAAGCAUUCAAACUACCCUCUUGUAUUCUUCUUAGUGAAACUUUUCUUGCUCUUGCCAGUUGUCACUGCAUCCGUUGAAAGAACUUUUUCGGCAAUGAAGUUUAUCAAGAAUGACUUGCGGAGUCGAAUGAAUGAGAGUUAUUUUAGUGGUUGCUUGGUGCCUUAUGUAGAAAAAGAUGUGUUUAAUAGGAUCUCUAAUGAUGUUAUUAUAAAAACAUUUCAAGGAAUGAAACCUCGUCGUGUACAGUUAUAG